CAGUGUAAAUGGUGUAUGGAUAAAAUAUAAAAUUUGUUGUAUAUUCUACUCGUCAAGAAACGGUUACCGAUUCGUAAAUAACGUACACGAAACUCCUUUCUUCAAUCCCCUCGAGGCUCGAUCUCUUAUGAUAGGAUUCUGUGAACAAAUCUGCCUCACUUGCAGCAUUUAAGCUAUGGCGUUUCACUUGGGCCUCCAACCCAAGAGCCAUGCGACUCUACUUUUCGUCACAACUGCUCCAAUGCUUCCCCGCAAGCGCAGUGGCUUUCGGAGGCUCUGCAUUCGAAAUUGCGUCGCCAUGGACCCAAAGGAAACCCGCAAGUUAGUGCUUGAAGUGAAAGAGAAGCUUUCACAAUAUGACAAUCUGCCAGUGGGAAAAAAUGGAAGAGUUGACGACGAGAUGAUACUGUGGUUUCUAAAAGACCGAAAAUUUUCAGUCGAAGAUGCUGUUUCCAAGUUGACUAAAGCUAUAAGAUGGCGCCAUGAAUUUGGCGUAUCAAACCUGUCAGAGGAGUCGGUGAAAAGCACAGCUGAAACUGGGAAAGCCUAUUUGCACGACAAUUUUGAUGUGUAUGGCCGACCUGUGCUUAUAGUGGAAGCAUCCAAACAUUUCCCGCAGGAUCCUUAUGAAGAUGAGAAGUUAUGUGUUUUUCUAAUUGAGAAGGCAAUAAGUAGAUUUCCAGCUGGUACAGAAAACAUACUUGCUAUCAUUGACCUGAGAGGUUUUGGCACACGGAAUGCAGAUAUUAAAUUCCUCACAUUUCUGUUUGACGUUUUCUACUAUUACUAUCCAAGACGAUUGGGUGAAGUUCUUUUUGUGGAAGCUCCCUUCAUAUUUCAACCAGUUUGGCAGCUAGCCAAACCUAUGCUUAAAUCUUAUGCUUCUCUGGUGAGAUUUUGCUCAGUGGCUGAAGUCAGGAAAGAGUACUUUACAGAAGAAACAAUCCCAGCUAGCUUUAGGAGAUGAAGAUGCAAAAGCCAGGUGGUUUAUGUUGUUUUGAUAGUUUGCUGUUGGUAUCUAUUGAAGCAGCAGCAGCAGGGGCUUUUUGAUCAAGCUUCUCAAAUGUAUCACAAUUCACAUCCCAAUGAAUACAUUGUAAUUGAAAUAUGUAAUAAUGAACAAAAUCUCUUCUUUGGUUUGUUC